CGGGCCCGUCCCCCCUGCCCCUGGGUCGCUCUUUUUAAGCUCCCCUGAGCCGGGGCUGCGCUCCUCUAAUUGGGACUCCGAGCCCGGGCUAUUUCUGGCCCUGGCGCGGCUCCAAGAAGGCAUCCGCAUUUGCUACCAGCGGCGGCGGCGGCGGAGCCAGGCCGGUCCUCAGCGCCCAGCACCGUCGCUCCCGGCAGCCCGGAGCGCGCACCGCAGGCCGGCGGCCGAGCUCGCGCAUCCCAGCCGUCGCUCCUCCACCUGCUCUGCCGACAAGGGAAGAUGAGCGAGUCGAGCUCGAAGUCCAGCCAGCCCUUGGCCUCCAAGCAGGAAAAGGACGGCACUGAGAAGCGAGGGCGGGGCAGGCCGCGCAAGCAGCCUCCGGUGAGUCCCGGGACGGCGCUGGUAGGGAGUCAGAAGGAGCCCAGCGAAGUGCCAACACCUAAGAGACCUCGGGGCCGACCGAAGGGGAGCAAAAACAAGGGCGCUGCCAAGACCCGGAAAACCACCACAACUCCAGGGAGGAAACCAAGGGGCAGACCCAAAAAACUGGAGAAGGAGGAAGAGGAGGGCAUCUCGCAGGAGUCCUCAGAGGAGGAGCAGUGACCGUGCCGUGCCGCCCGCUCCCUCACCGAGGAGCAGUUUCCUUCUGGGACUGGACAGCUCCGCUCCGCUCCCACUGCCCCCACCCCUUCCCCCAGGCUCUCGUGUCACCGCCACCCACCUGCGCCCUCACCACCACACUACACAGCACACCAGCCGUCGCCGCAGGGCCCCCGGGGCCCCGAGUCGGGAGCAGUUUCCUUUGAUUUCAGGUCCCAGCGACCCCUGACCCACGGCGCCUGACUUCCCACUUAGCUGCUCCCGCGCUGCUGCAUCCCCACUCCCUCAGUGUGGGGACCUUGCUGGCUGGGCUCUUGGUUUCGGGGUCCCUUCUAAUCCCCGACUCUUCCCUCUGGCUUCCCAUUAAGGGGCCUGGGAGGGCUCCCCUGGCCUUAAAAAGGGGCCCAAGCCCCAUCUCAUUCUGACAUGCCCCACUCCCACUGUACUAGCGGCAGCAGGUGUGGCCACUGGAGAGGGGUGAUUGGCCCCAGAUGCCCCCAACCAAGCUGUGUCUCACCAGGGGUGGCUCACACCCCCUUUGCUUCCUUCCCACCUUGCCUAGUCCCUGCAGUAGGUUGGGCCGCCCCCUUGGGGGCACAGGAAGGCAGGCAGGAGGGGUUUAAGCCCCCUCCCCCCUCUAAGCAGGCUCCAACCUACCUUGCCCUCACCCCUGGAAUCCAGUGAAGUGAUGAAAAUGCAGAGUCACCUUUAUCCAGGUGAGGCCCAGGAGGCCUGGGC